CCUUGAUCCUGCGAUUCUGCUGCCUGCCUGCUGCCUGUUGGCUUACUUCAACCAAGCACGAAGGACAAGUCCCAGAAAAACGCAGUCUGGAGGCUCUAACAGAUUUCUAGCGGUCGUGCUCCCUGCAGGCUCCUUCGGCCGUUGCAAUUCUCCUACCGUUAUCUUGGUUUCUCCCAUUUCAUUCUCGAUCCAUAUUCUUUUGCGUCCUUCAUAGAUAACUGCAUCGCUGAUAUUCGAAUCCUAAUUCAUGCUGGCUUCCCUCGCUUGGUCAUCUGCCAGGGUAGAGACAAGAGCCCUUAUAAGAGAGAGCACUUCGUGCCUCUGAGUUUACACAUCCGCCCUGACUUAAGGAUCACUUCUCAAGAUGAAUACUGAACCUUCACUUACCGCAAGACUGCCAUCGAGAUGUCCCUCGCGCAUGGUCAAGCCUCAGUUGUCUAUUCUUCCAGCAGGGACGCUCCGCGAAAUACUAAAAUAUCUGGGACUCAAGGACCUAGUCCAGUUAAUGCGUGUUUCGCGAGCCUUCCGUGACCUCGCCGCUGCUGAACUCUACCACAGCCUAAGCCACCGAUUCUCUGAGGCCGCUGACCAAAGAGAUACCCGUAUUUAUUUAGGUUCCUGCGCUGAUAUCCUGGAAACGUUGGCAACGAGCGACUUUAAUUAUGCUGCCUACCUCAAACGCAUCGCGUUAAACAUCCUAUGGAACAACGAUGUAACCUAUAAAAGGGUUCAGGAGAAGAUUGCCCUCCAAUUCAAGUACGAUACGGAGUGCGGAAGAUUUUUCAAUACACUUAUUUUAGCAAUAGUCAAGCAAACAUCGGCCCUGGAGACAUUCCGCUGGGAUAUUAAGGUGCAGCUCAAUCCGUCAAUCUUCGCAGCCCUGGGGAAGCUUUCGAGCUUGCAGAGCUUGCACGUUCGACUGCACGCUGGUCGGUCGCAUCCCCCGAUCAAUAGCGCUUCAUCACCCUCGUGGGCCCCGGCUCCUUUGCCAACCCUACAGCCGACAUUGCCACCUCAGCCGAGCCAGCAUACUCAUCCUCAUCACCAUGGCCCUCCACCCCCAGCAGCGGCUACCACUCCAUAUGCGGCCUCUACUUCUAAGGUCACCGCAAGCCAGGACUUGCCUCGGCCUCGACGGACAUUUUCGCAUAUUCAGAAACUCACAAACUUAGCUGUUCUAGAUAUGGAUUCCCUCGAGUACGUAGACGAAAUUGCUCAAUGUAUUUCUGGGUCGGCGACGUCACUUAAGUGGCUGAAAUUGUCGUUCUCUGAGAAGUUCGCCUCAAAAGCUCAGAAAAAGACCGUCCAAGAAGAUCCCGAUCCCGAUACCGAUACGGAAGACAAUGAAGAUAUAUACGACGACGACGUUACGCCAUCUCCGGCAUUUGGAACUACCGCCACAUCAAAUCCAAAUAAUGAUGCAACUGUCCGAAGUGAACGUAUCGCACAAGAAAAAGCCCUUGCACGGCUUUUUGGUUUAGAAAGGGAAACAACGAUGCAAAAACUACUAGUGCAGAGAGUAGUUGAAACUGGUUUGGCAACUACUGAGCAUAAAAAGGAGUGUGUCCUUCAUCGUGCAAGCCAAGAACCCGAUCGCGUCUUUAUACAUGAGUUAUACGGUAUUGCGUGCGACCUUGCCCAAGGUACGGCUACUCUUACACCCGGCCCAAGUGCGAUUCAGACGGUCGAAAGGUUACAGAAGGCCACAUCCAAAUUUCUUGUGAGGUGGGCAAAUGUGCAAACGAAUUUGCCUCAUAACUUGCCAAAUGCCUGCGCAGGUAUUUGUGCCGAGAAUUCACCAUGCUUAAGUAAAGAAGAUGGCCUGGAUUCCGGCACCGAUUCAGAUGCCCCGGUUGGUGGCGGCAAUGCAGAUGAUAAUACUCAACCCCUCCAAAGCUCAACAGCGGAUCCUGUUGGCGAUACCAUCAAAGGCGCAGAUAUUCCCGCCACGCUACCGAACUCCACUGAAUCAGCGUCUUCCUCUCCUGCAAUUGAACAGCAAGGCGAAGCGGACCCCUCAGAUCCUAUGAAUCCCAUGAACAGUGAUCUUGAAAAGCAACUAGUGGACAUUGUCGAUAUGGAGCAUCCAGACGAGUUAAGCGAAGGAGAAGACCAAGAAUUUAUUGAACCAGAGGGCCCUGAAUCCCACGAAGGUGGUUUCGCUGCACUAGUUGAUACUACCGUUGUUCCUCCUCACGCUGGGGUAGUGAUGCAACCCACUGCCUCUUCAAAAGGCAAGGAACCGAUUAGGGAUACACACAUAUCUACUUCAAAUAAGGACAAAGGGCAGAGGAAUGGCAGCCAGCCAGAUUAUGGCGAAAUUUCUGGAGAGCGGGCGGUGCAGGAAUAUAUCCGUCUAAACCAUGGAAUUGCAUUGGAAGAGCUUUCAAUCCAACUGAUUCCACUUAAAGCUUCAGUUAUUUGCCGGGCUGUUAACGUUUGGUCAUUAAAGCAUAUUUCACUUUUAAACGUUGGUCCGCAGCGAGCAUUCUGGGCGAUGCUUACCGCACUACAUACGUCCAGUCCUCUUCAGAUAACUUCAAUUCAUACAGACAAUGUGACACAGGCGCUUUUAACGUUUCUAGGGACCCUUCCAUAUGUUGAAGACUUGUUUCUUAUAGAACGAAGCACGAGCGCACAGUCAGAUCCACCCGAUUCAAAAUCGGCCGUCCGCAUCGAGGAUAUUCGUGAAAUAGUGUUAAGAAAACAUAUCAAACACUUGAAACGUCUUAUGAUUCGAAACGAUGUCGAUUCAAGUUGGAAUCUAGACCGGCGGUCGGUUCUAUAUAUCACAAGGAUGGGUUUACAACUUGUUGAACUUCUUGUAGUCGUGGAUCUUUCGGCUUUUCACCUUAUGAUGCACUACAUUCGUUGCAUGCGGUCUCUUGUCGCCUUACACAUUUUACUAAACAGUCUCGAAUAUUGUGCGAUGUCAUUGCGCGAGAUACGCCUCUGCGCUGUGGACAGCGUCCUCCACUUUCCAUCGCUUAAGGUCCAGUAUAUUGCUGUUAGCCACAUGGCGAGCGGCCCAGUGGCCACGAAAGUGUCACGCAUUUCGAGAAGCUUUCGAGUCAAGAAAGAUCCAAAGCUGAAUGACGUGAAAAUGGAAGCUAUUUCGAAGAUGUUGGGGAUUGCCGCUUUGAGGAUCUCUGAGAACGACGUGUCGGCUGGAACCUCCCAAAGUUCUCAAGCUGAAAAUUCGCUUAAAGCCACUCAUUUUGCGGAUGAUAGUGAUGACGAGCUUUCUCCAUAUAACCAGAUGGUGGUGGAUUCGGUAGAUCUUCAUGAGAUUCGCGGAAUUAAAAUUUGGGGGAAGGAGAUAUUUUACUCGAUUUUGUGA